AACGGCGUCUUGAUGGGAAAGGAGGAGCGAUGGGAAAGACUGGAGUAUCUCAGGCCCUCAGUGGAUGGGGGUUGUGGGAGAGAGGCAGCUGGGAGACAGGCCUCCCUCUGGAGUUUAUAGCUGAGUUGCUGUCCAAAUCAGUGGUCCCUAGAAUCUAUAAAACAAAACUGAGAGCUUCAGAGGUGCAUCCAGAGGAGCCACACUCCAAAGGACCACUUCCAGACGCCAUGCGGCAAACCCUGCUGCUGCUGCUGCUGCUGACGGUGCUGCGCCCCAGCUGGGCAGACCCUCCCCAGAGGAAGGUCCCGCUCUUUCGGGUCACUCAGCAGGGCCCCUGGGGGAGCAGUGGCAGCAACGCCACCGACUCGCCCUGCGAGGGGCUGCCUGCCGCGGGUGCGACGGCCUUGACCCUGGCGAACCGCAACCUGGAGCGCCUGCCCGGCUGCCUACCGCGCACACUGCGCAGCAUCGACGCCAGCCACAACCUGCUGCGCGCCCUGAGCACAUCCGAGCUCGGCCACCUGGAGCAGCUGCAGGUGCUGACCCUGCGCCACAACCGCAUCGCUGCGCUGCGCUGGGGCCCGGGCGGGCCGGCGGGGCUGCACACCCUGGACCUCAGCUACAACCGGCUGGCCGCUCCGCCGCGGUGCGCCGUGCCCGUGCUGAGCAGCCUCCGCGCCCUGGAGCUCGCGGGGAAUCCGCUGCAGGCGCUGCAGCCCCGGGCCUUCGCCUGCCUCCCCGCGCUGCGGCUCCUCAACCUCUCCUGCACCGCGCUGGGUCGCGGCGCCCGGGGGGGCAUCGCCGAGGCGGCGUUCGCUGGAGAAGAGGGCGCGCCCCUGGCCACGCUCGAGGUCCUGGAUCUCAGCGGCACGUUCCUCGAACGGGUUGAGUCGGGGUGGAUCAGAGACCUGCCGAAGCUCACAUCCCUCUACCUGAGGAAGAUGCCUCGGCUGACGACCCUGGAGGGGGACAUCUUCAAGAUGACCCCCAACCUGCAGCAGCUGGACUGUCAGGACUCCCCAGCACUUGCUUCUGUCGCCACACACAUCUUUCAAGAUACUCCACGUCUACAGGUCCUUCUGUUCCAGAACUGCAACUUGAGUUCCUUCCCUCCUUGGACCUUGGAUUCCUCCCAGGUCCUAUUGAUCAACCUCUUUGGCAACCCCCUCACUUGCAGUUGUGACUUGUCUUGGCUCCUCACGGAUGCAAAGAGAACUGUCCUAAGCAGGGCAGCAGACACUGUGUGCGCGCCAGCGGCGGGAUCCAGCGGCCCCUUCUCAGCCUCCCUGUCACUCUCCCUGUCACUCUCCCAGCUGCCUGGAGUGUGCCAGUCCGACCAAAGCACCACUCUCCGGGCUUCACACCCACCCUGCUUCAACCGCUCCACCUACGCACAGGGUCCCACCGUCGCGCCCAGCGCAGCCCCCGCCACCCGGCCUGCGGGAGACCAGCAGAGUGUCUCCAAGGCCCGUAACGUGGGCGCUCGCACGCUAGCUGCAUGGCCGCACAGCGAUGCACGGGAGGGGACUGCCCCCUCCACGACCAACUCUGUAGCAGGUCACAGCAACUCCAGCGUUUUCCCCAGGGCUGCCAGCACCACCAGGACCCAGCACCGAGGAGAACAUGCCCCCGGGCUUGCCCUUGAGCCUGAUAUCUCAGCUGCCUCCACCCCACUGGCCAGCAAGCUCCUGGGCCCCUUCCCUACCUCGUGGAACCUCAUAAGCUCGCCUCAGCCCGGCCAGAGGACACACGCCACACCCCAAGCCCCCAACCCGAGUCCUUCCGAGGGCGAGAUUCCAGUCUUGCUGCUGGACGACUACAGUGAGGAGGAGGAGGGGAGGAAGGAGGAGGUGGGAACGCCUCACCAGGACGUCCCCUGUGAUUACCAUCCCUGCAAGCACCUGCAGACCCCGUGCGCGGAGCUGCAGAGGCGGUGGCGGUGCCGGUGUCCCGGCCUCAGCGGGGAAGACACCAUCCCAGACCCGCCCAGGCUGCAGGGGGUGACGGAGACCACGGACACGUCGGCGCUGGUCCACUGGUGUGCCCCCAACUCGGUAGUGCACGGGUACCAGAUCCGCUACUCUGCGGAGGGCUGGGCGGGGAACCAGUCGGUGGUGGGGGUCAUCUACGCCACGGCCCGGCAGCACCCUCUGUACGGGCUGUCACCGGGCACCACCUACCGCGUGUGCGUGCUGGCGGCCAAUAGGGCGGGCCUGAGCCAGCCGCGGUCCUCGGGCUGGAGGAGCCCGUGCGCCGCCUUCACCACCAAGCCCAGCUUCGCGCUCCUGCUGUCUGGGCUGUGCGCCGCCAGCGGCCUGUUGCUCGCCAGCACCGUGGUGCUGUCCGCGUGUCUCUGCAGGCGGGGCCAGACGCUACGCCUGCAGCGCUGCGGCACGCACCUGGUGGCCUACAAAAACCCGGCCUUUGAUUACCCGCUGGGGCUCCAGACUGUCAGUUAGCCCAGCUUCUGGGCUAACGCGUCUAAUCGAACUGGAUCUGAGCGCAGAAAGGAAGACACAGAGGGUCAAAAACGACCCCAUCCGCUCCUAGGGGUUCUAAUUCCUGUGAAGCCAGAAUGCCUUGGGCACACAUGGAACUUACCACACUGAGUGUCUCGGUCCAAGGAACAACUGCGCUCCCUUCCUUCUACUUUACUCUCUGUUCCCAGAAACCUGAUGGUCAAUGCCAGAUGGCUCCCCACUGC